AUGGCAAAUUCCAAUGGUGGUAACAUAAAUCAAUGGACUGGACAACCUUAUUCAGAGAAGAGGAAGAACCUCGCAGUUUGGCAGCACAGGGAUGAGUUUUUGAAUGCUUUUAGGGCCAACCAAGUUUUGGCUCUCGUUGCUCAAACUGGUUCUGGCAAAUCCACACAGAUCCCUCAAUUUGUUUUGGACGACAUAACAUCAUCGGAUGUAUGUUCAAAGAUGAUGAUUGCAUGCACUCAGCCUCAGAAAGUUGCUGUAAUGUCUGUUUCACAUCGUGUGGCUGAAGAGAUGGGUGUCACUAUUGGGGAAGAAGUUGGUUACAAAAUCAAAUUUGAAGAUUGCACAAGUUCAAGGACAGUUUUGAAAUAUAUCAAAGAUGAUAUGCUUUUGAAAGAAGCAAUGAUAGAUCCACUUUUACAAUGUUACAAAGUUAUAAUUAUUGACGACAUACAAGAAAGAACUUUGUCAACCGAUUUGCUACUUGGAUAUUUAUCUCAACUGCUUACAAAAAGACCAGACGACUUGAAGUUGGUUUUUAUGACUAGUACAAGUCUUGAAUCUGAAAAAUUUAAGUCCUUUUUCCAACAACAUUAUCCUAGUAUUCAUAUUAUGAAACUUCCCGAAAGGUUACAUCCUGUGGAAAUUGUUUACAGUACUCAUGAAGAACUCGAACGGAAUAAUUACUUGGAUGCUGUUAUUAAGACUGUGGUGAAUAUACAUAGACAUGAACCUCAUGGAGAUGUACUUGUGUUAUUAUCUGAAGAGGAAGAGGUAGAAGAUGUAUGUCAAAAAAUAUCAAAAGAAUUUUCUAAGCUAGGGGAUCUUGUGGGCCCUAUGAAACUGGUUCCUCUAUAUUCUUAUCUACCUGCAACAAUGCAACACAAGAUUCAUGAGGAAACAUGUAGUGGAAGAAAGAUUGUGGUAACAACAGACAUAGUAGAAUCUUCCUUAACAAUUCAUGGUAUUUCCUAUGUUGUUGACUCUGGAUUUGUUAAGAAAAAGGUUUUUGACCCUAAACUUCAUAUAGAAUCUCUAGUAAUGUCACCAAUAUCAAAAGCAAGUGCAGAUAUGAGAUCAGAGCAUGCUGGUAGAAGUACUAGUGAUCGACGAAAGGGGAAAUGUUUUAGACUUUAUACAGAAGAAAGUUACAACAACAAUCUUGAUUUAGAGACAUGUCCUGAAAUUUUGAGAUUAAAUCUUGCCAACAUGAUUCUAUCUUUAUGGAAACUUGAUGUAGAUGAUUUUUGGUCUUUUGGUUACGUUGACUUUCCUGAUGUUGACUCAUUAGUGUGCGCCUUUGCAACAUUGGUGAACUUGGGUGCAUUGGAUCAAGAGUGCAAGUUAACAAAUAUUGGUGAGAUUAUGAGUAUGUUUCCCUUGGAACCACAAAUGUCAAAGAUGCUAGUUGUUAGUCCUCAAUUCAACUGUUCGGAAGAGAUUCUAUCAAUUUCUUCCAUGCUUUCGGUACCCAAUUGCUUCGUUGGAUAUAGAGAGGAACAAAAAGAAGUAAAAGCUAAGUUUCACAACAUUCAUGGAGAUCAUCUCACACUCUUGAACAUCUACAAUGCAUACAAACAAAAUAAUGAGGAUCUCUCUUGGUGCAAUGAUAAUUUCAUUAAUUAUUGGGCACUAAAAGAAGCUGAUAAUAUUAGACAAGAGUUGGCCAGUAUCAUGAUGACUAGAUUGAAACUGAAUAAAUGUAGUACGGACGAUAACAAUAGUAUCAACAUAAGAAAGUCUAUUCUUGCUGGAUAUUUCAUGAACAUGGCACAUUUAGAUACUACUGGAAAUUACAUCACAUUGGAAGGAAAUAAGGUGGUGAAUUUUAAUCCAUCAUCGAAUGACUUAGAUGGCCACAAGCCUAAAUGGGUCAUUUUUAAUGCAUUAGAUGCUACUAAUUAUAAUUUUAUUCAUACAAUAACAACAAUACACUGCGAUUGGUUGGUCGAUUCAGAAGCACCAUGGUCUAUGUACUACGAAUUAUCAAAAUUUUCUAAUAGUGAAGCAAAGAGUAUUCUUGAGAGACUUCGUGCAUAUGCUUCGUAUGCAAGAAUGUUGAAGGAAAGAAAACUUGCGGAUGGAAAGCUUGGAAAGCAUGCAAACAUAAGCACUUUCCAUCGCUUGUUACCUUAUCAGAACAAUAGGAAAAGAAAACAAAGAAUUUAGAUUUUUCUUAGUAUAUGUAUUAUUAUUUGGCUAAAUGCAACAUGCCUUGUACAUUACGUACAAUUGUUUAA